CGUGCACUGUGUUGACACCGAAAUAUGUCUUGACUUGUUCAGAGCUUUGUGUCACUUGCAGUCUAGGAGUCCAGGGUCGGCUUGAUUGCGAAGGCGCAAAGCUUGUCCGCAGCCGUAUUGUAGACCAAUCCAGUCAGCUCUCAUGUUUGGCGCUUGCUUUUCCACACCAGUCAAGGAGGGUCGCAGCAGCAUGAUGUCCAUCAUAGAGGUAAAGGCUGCACAGGUGACACACCCGACUGGAGAUCCAAAGUUUUCUGUCAUGCAGCCCUUCCCUGCGGCGAUUUCAGAGAGGGAUGCCGACCCAUUUUUGAUGUGUGAUGAGUUUGGUCCUACAGAGAGCUCCGGCAAGGAGACUGACCCCGAUCGCUUUCCAGUUGGGUGGCACCCUCACUUGGGGAUGGACAUCAUGACCUACUUGCGAGAAGGACGAGGGAGACAUGCAGACUCCUUGGGCAAUCGCGAAGAGUUUGAUAGCCCGGGCUUUCAGUGGAUCAGUGUGGGUAGUGGUAUCGAGCAUGCUGAAGGUGGCGGAACUGCAAAAGGAGACCGACAGCACGGCUUUCAAAUUUGGUUGAAUGUGCCAAAGGUGCACAAGGCCGAUGAUCCUGAGUAUGGCACUGUGGGCGCAGAGCUUCUCACAGAGUUUGAUCUCAGUGGUGGCGCUGGCCGAGCACGUUUGUUGGCUGGGCCAUAUUCUGGUCAGGAAGGAGCCUUCAAGACCAAGCAGAGCGUGCAGAUGAUUGACUUUGAGGUUACACCACGAGCUGCUUUUUGCCACCCUGUCCCUGACAAUAUGGAAACAGUGCUGGUGUAUUGCUACAAAGGCGAAUUACGAGUAGGGGCAGAAGGCAAGACGCUUCCGGCCCAGCAUGUUGCGAGACUGGAUGGUCGCUCAACCAGUCGGGACCUGCUAUUGGAAUCUGGCGAGGAUGGGGCUGGCUGUAUUCUCUUUGCUGGCAAACCAAUCAACGAGCCGAUUGCAUGGCACGGGCCAUUUGUUGCCAGUGACAAGAAAGAGCUGCAAAAGGCUUUUCGAGCUUACCAGGACGGCAGCUUUCCACCCAAACGGGUGCCCUGGGAUUACCGCCGCGCUGCUGCUGCUCCGAAAUCCUGAUAGUGAAGCUUGCGCUAAACAGUUGGAAGUAUGUUCAAGUGCCGAUGCCUCAUUGAUACCAUUCAUGCAUUGGAUUGCAAACAACUGCUGACUGCAAGAUAUUGCAUCAUGCCAUUGAUACCUGCAAAAGGUGUUCAGCUUCAAGCAAGGAGCAUGUUAUGUCCAUUCUGGUUCUCGACCACCAAGGACCGUUUUAGACUUGUGAUGACGGCACUAAACCAAUCAGAAAUCCCUGGAGAAAUGAUGGGAUUUCUUUCAGUGCUGGUCCAGGUCAUUUGGUUGAAAUCUUCGACCAGCUUGUUGCUCAAUUGCUUAUCAAGCUGGUUUGACUGCAAUGUACAGCUUUGCCAAGUCAAGACUGAAGAUUGGCCAGGCUACAUGUGAACUAAAGCCGCAGGUCUGCAUGGCAUCAGCAAGAUUGAACAAGUAAUCGAACAAAAAUAAUCCUCAUCCUUACACAAAAACAAUCAUGUAAACGAGAAGACGUGUGUGAAUUUGCUUCGGAGCUUGGAAGACAUGUUUACCUUAAUCAGCUUUCGAAAGGAAGCGUUGAAAUGCUGGCUAACUGCUACUCUUGUUGUUGUCGCAUUGUCUUUGCAGGGCUUCAUCCGCCUCAUUGUGGGAAAGUGGGGCAAGAUUGCCAAACACGAUGGAGACACGCCUGUGACUCCCAACAAGGCCAAGGAUGUGUCCAGCACGGAGUAUGAGUUGGUGGCCGCAUGAGUAUUUGAGUGAUGCCCCUUUGGGCUAUUUGCCGUCUGUGGGGUGGACUUUAAAGCUCCGAAAAGCUGGACGUGACAUCGGAAGUCAGGUUUCUGGCACCAAAGUGGAGGUGUUUUUGACAUUGUAUGUAUACCGUUUUCAACUAGAUUGAGCAUCGCG